AUGGACUGGAAUGUCACGGGUAGAAGGUGCUACUCCAGCGCGGCGACACAGCGAAAUUUGUGCUGCCUCAAGAUGGUCAAGAAGAUGAACAAAAGACAAAGGAUGAUUAGGGGAGCUGCAGUUUUUGUCACACUUGCUGCAAUAGCAGUCAUUGUUAGAGCUAUAAUAAGGAAGAGAAGACCACGUAUUACAUAUGGCCCAAUGCAUGAAAGAGAUAGGGUCAGAUUUGAUUAUCUAGACCAAAAAUUUUGGAAAAGCGAUGUGUUGUGUAAAAACAUGUUAAGGUUUGAAAGAGCUGCGUUUUUUGGCUUGUGUGGCAUACUGAGGGAUCGAAAGUUGCUAGAAGACAGUCCACAUCUUAGCGUGGAGCAACAAUUAGCGAUGUUUUUACAUACAAUUGGACACAAUGUUCGGAAUAGGGUUAUUUCAGCCAAUUUUUGUAGAUCAUAUGGCACAACCAGCAUCUACUUUAGAAAGGCUCUUUAUGCCAUAGGCGAGCUUCAUAAUGAUUACAUAAGGCCACCAUCAUUGGAGACCCCUGCCAAAAUUGCUGGAAACCAUCGAUUUGACCCAUAUUUUAAGGAUUGUAUUGGAGCUAUCGAUGGUACACAUGUGCGAGCAGGUGUUACCAAAGAUGUGGAGAAUUCUUUUCGGGGUAGGAAGGCCUUCACCACUCAAAAUGUGAUGGCAGCGGUAGAUUUUGACCUACGCUUCACAUAUGUGUUGGCUGGUUGGGAAGGGUCGGCACAUGAUGCUACUGUUUUAGCUGAUGCAUUAACGCGUGAGAGAGGCUUACAAGUGCCACCGGGAAAGUUCUACCUAGUUGAUGCUGGUUAUGGAGCAAAGCCUGGGUUCUUACCACCUUUUCGUGGUGUGAGGUACCAUUUGAAUGAGUGGGGCAACAAUCCGGUCCAAAAUGAUAGGGAGUUGUUCAACCUUAGGCACUCAUCUCUACGGGUCACGGUAGAGAGGGCUUUUGGAUCUCUCAAGAGGCGUUUCAAAAUUUUAGAUGAUGCCAAACCCUUCUUCUCUUUCCCGGUGCAAGUCGACAUUGUUAUAGCAUGUUGUGUUCUUCAUAAUUAUGCACUGUCACAAGGGAUUGAUGAAUUUAUUAUACCGGAAGUGACAUGGACCACCCAACCAAUUCGAACAACAAGCCAACAAGCAAAAAUGGACAAUACCGAAGUCACCGCUGCAAGUGGGAACUCCAUCAAGAGUGGGGUCAUUGUAUGGACUCCUGCAAUGACCAACACGAUGCUAGGGUUUUUGGCUGACCUUGUUGCAAAAGGAAAGAGGACUUCUAGUGGGUUCAGGGAGGCACAUCACAGACAAUGUGCUGCUGUUUUGAAUGAGCAGUUCAAACUAGCUGUCACUGCAGAACAAGUUCGAAACCAUCUCAAGAAGUGGAGGAAGAUUUGGGGAAGGGUUGUCAUCUUGAAGAAUUUAAGUGGAGCUCUAUGGGAUGAAGAUACUUGCACAAUUAGGCUUGCCGAAGAACACUAUGCAGGUCAUUGCAUGGCACACAAAGCUGAUGCCCCUUACUUGAACACCCCAAUUGAACACUAUCAUGCUAUGGCGACCAUCUUUGGGACAACCGCGGCUUCGGGGAUCAAUGCUAGGUCUGGGAAUGAUCUACUUUCUAUUGAAGUGGAAGAUGAGGAGAAUGGUGAGGUGAACACAUCACCAAAUGUUGCUGAGUCCUCUCACCCCAAAGGACCACCAAAAAAGAAGGCCAAGGUAGUGAAAGUUCUUGAAGAUCCACUAGUUACCACUCUCAAUUACGGGUUCAAACUUGUGGCUGAUGCUCUUGUCAAGUCUGGGGAUGAUGAUGAUAUACCCGCUGAACUUUGGGAUGAGGUCUGCAAGUUGGGAGAAUUUGAUGAAGAGCACCUAGCCCACUACUAUGCUCAUCUUGUUGACAAUCCGAAGAUCGCAAAAGCCUUCAUGACACUUUCCCAAACCAACAAAUCUGUUUGGGUGAGUAGGUAUGUGAAGAAGAACUUCUAAAUUCGAUAUGGUUGUAUGGUUGUCAAGUAUGUGAACAACAUGUAUGGCUGUAGUGCACUUUGCUUUGGAUAUUUGGGUGUUUGCUUUUGGAUGUGUAUGAUUGUCAAGUAUGGCUGUAGUUGUU